GUCAGCAUUGGUGUAAAGGACUUGAGCUUCAGGGUUCUCAGGAUUCGAGUCCUGGCCCUGCUGCUUGCCAGCUCUGUGCUGUGGCAAGUUACUUCCUCUCCCCAAGUCUCUCGGUUUCCUCAUCUGCUGCCUCUCCAGACUUCUGCCAGACAUUGCACGCGACAGUUUCAGGCAUAGAACUGACUGGUAGCAGGGGCUGCUCCACGAGUGGGUAUUUGCUCCAGCACUUCACGGACUGCAAGCGGGGCACUCGCUAACUCCUGGCCUCCCUGAACAUAGGAAACUCACCUGAGCAGCCAUGGAGUGGGACAAUGGCACAGGACAGGCUCUGGGCUUGCCACCCACCACCUGUGUCUACCGCGAGAACUUCAAGCGACUGCUGCUGCCACCUGUGUAUUCGGCAGUGCUGGCGGCUGGCCUGCCGCUGAACGUCUGUGUCAUUACCCAGAUCUGCACAUCCCGCCGGGCCCUGACUCGCACGGCUGUGUAUACCCUAAACCUCGCCCUGGCCGACCUACUGUAUGCCUGCUCCCUGCCCCUGCUCAUCUACAACUAUGCCCAAGGUGACCACUGGCCCUUUGGCGACUUCGCCUGCCGCCUGGUCCGCUUCCUCUUCUACGCCAACCUGCAUGGCAGCAUCCUCUUCCUCACCUGCAUCAGUUUCCAGCGCUACCUGGGCAUCUGCCACCCACUGGCCCCCUGGCACAAACGUGGGGGCCGCCGGGCCGCCUGGCUAGUGUGUGUAGCCGUGUGGCUGGCUGUGACAACCCAGUCCCUGCCCACAGCCGUCUUCGCUGCCACAGGCAUCCAGCGUAACCGCACCGUCUGCUAUGACCUCAGCCCGCCUGCCCUGGCCACCCGCUAUAUGCCCUAUGGCAUGGCUCUCACUGUCAUCGGCUUCCUGCUGCCCUUUGCUGCCCUGCUGGCCUGCUACUGUCUCCUGGCCCGCCGCUUGUGCCGCCAGGAUGGCCCAGCUGAGCCUGUGGCCCAGGAGCGGCGUGGCAAGGCAGCCCGCAUGGCGGUGGUGGUGGCCGCUGCCUUUGCCAUCAGCUUCCUGCCUUUCCACAUCACCAAGACAGCCUACCUGGCAGUGCGCUCGACGCCAGGCGUCCCCUGCCCUGUGUUGGAGGCCUUUGCGGCAGCCUACAAAGGCACGCGGCCGUUCGCCAGCGCCAACAGCGUGCUGGACCCCAUCCUCUUCUACUUCACCCAGAAGAAGUUCCGCCGACGACCACAUGAGCUCCUACAGAAACUCACAGCCAAAUGGCAGAGGCAGGGUCGCUAAGUCCUCCAGGGCUUGGGCAGCCUUCAUGUUUGCCAUUGUGUCCAGGGCACCAGGAGCCCCACCAACCCCAAACCAGGCAGAGAAUUAGAGCUCAGCUCAGCUGGGCAUGGAGUAAGGUCCCUCACAGGACCCAGAAGCUCACCAAAAACUAUUUCUUCAGCCCCUUCUCUGGUCCAGGCCCUGUGGGCAUGGAGAUGGACAGACUUGGGCCUGGCGUUUGAGAGGUCCUAGUCAGCCAUGGAGACCUGGGGAAACCACAUUAAGGUGCUCACAAAAAUACAGUGUGAUGUGUACUGUCAUCAAGGGGUAUGUUCCAUGCUUUGAGUCACCAAUGAAGCGGGUGAGGGAAGAUGAGAGGGGGAAGUGAGAGCUUCUGGGAAGGGGCAUUUGAGCUGGGUUUUGAGGGAUGACUAUGAGCUCUCUGGAGAGGAGUGAUAUUCCAUUUAUUUAGCAAGCCUUUACUGACACCUUGUGCUCAGGCCUGGGUUGGUUCUGGGGCCCUAGAAGAACCAGUCCUAGCCCUGGUCCAUACAGGUUCCCAACUGCUGGAAGUACAGACUGGCACAGCAACAUUAGGGUUGUGACAGAGGGAAGCAUGGCUGCAGGGAGGGGGUACACAGAGGGUGUCCAUGACCCAGUCCAAGGAGUCAGGAAAGAGCUCUCUGAGGAGGGAGCAUCUGAGCCAGAUGUCAAGGGCUGCGUGGAAACUUGGCAAGCAGAAGUGGGGAACACUUUAGUGCAACUCAGGUACAUAUCCAGCUGGACCAGCCUUGUGCUGGGAUCUGCCCUGGGCAGACAGGCACGGGGCCGGAGCAGAGGACACAUGGCCUUGCAUGUGUGAAAGCCGAGAAAAUGGGAGCUGUGCCUCAGCCAGCCUCCAGACAAGGGCAAGAGUUGGCCAGAUGCUCCAGGCAGUGGGAGGCCAAUGGAGGGAGUAAUCAGGGGAAGUUUCUUAGAAGAGGCAGGGGGCCAAGUGCAGUGGCUCAUGCCUGUAAUGUAAGCAAUUUGCGAGGCCAAGGAAGGAGGAAUGCUUGAGCCCUGGAGUUUGAGACCAGCCUGGGCAACAUAGUAAGACCCUGUUUCUAC